AUGACGACCAUAAUGACCAUGAUGACCAUGCCCAUGAUGAUGACCAAGCCCAUGAUGAUGACCAUCAUGACCAUGCCCAUGAUGACCAUGGACGACCAUGACCAUAAUGACCAUGAUGACCAUGCCCAUGAUGAUGACCAAGACCAUGAUGAUGACCAUCAUGACCAUGCCCAUGAUGACCAUGACGACCAUGACCAUAAUGACCAUGAUGACCAUGCCCAUGAUGAUGACCAAGACCAUGAUGAUGACCAUCAUGACCAUGCCCAUGACGACCAUGCCCAUAAUGACCAUGAUGACCAUGCCCAUGAUGAUGACCAAGACCAUGACGAUGACCAUCAUAACCAUGACCAUCACCAUGAUGACCAUGCCCAUGAUGACCAUGAUGAUGAUGGCCACGAUGCCCACACCACCCUCAGGGAGGAGCAGGCCGAGGAGGUGAAGAAGAAGAAGAAGGACGACGAGGAGGACACGAUCCCCCCCGAGAUCUGGGAGCUGCUCAAGGGCGUCACCAAGAAGAGCGUAGCAUGCGACCACGCCUCCAGUACGGCAUCACCCACCGGGCGCAUGCCUCCCAGCCAAGAAGAUCAAGGUGGAGCCCAAGAAGAGUAA